UUACUUGUCAAAAAUUUUAGAAAUAAUAAUAUUAAAAUACACUAACAAUCAUAUGAUUGAGAAGAUGAUGAUGUGAUGAUGAUUUGAAUCGAAUAUCUAGAGUUUAGUUUACUUUUAAAGGAACCGAAUUUUCUGGGAAGCUCUGGGGAGAAUUCCAGACUCACGAGCUGGUGCGAAUCUAAGGGAGAAGCCUAUGACUAAAGGGAAUUGCAAGUCAACGCACCACAGCGCCAGCGAUCAAAACAUCUCUCGUUCGAAUUCCAAGCCCCUCACCAGCUCAAAUCUGAAAACAUAGCUACGAUUCUCCUCCCAAUCCGACACGAGCUUCUCCACCUCCGCUGCUGACGGCGGGCCAAACGCUCCUACGGCUGUUCGUUUCUCUCCCUGUUCCAAGAACGAAACGUAGUUUAACUGCAAGAAGAGGAGGCUGUUCUAGUGGAACGCAGCAGGCCAGCAAGCCAGGGAUUGCUUCUGAUUCGAGAUCCAUCACUGUCGGGCUGCUAGAUCCGAUCACACUCUCCGGAAGAACCAAGAUGACUAUUACUAACCAUCUGGUUCAGGGAAUUACAUCCUUGAGAAUCCUAUGCCGUGGCAAUUGGAAUAAGUUGCCAUUCCCAUGGAAAUUCAAAUUGUGGAAGAACUAAAUGGGAACGUUUCAUGAGCAUAAUUAAUUCAUCCAAAAUGCUGAGCAUAUUGGGUUCUUGGGAUGGACCAAAUGUGGGAAUAAAGAAUUUCCAAUUCUCAUUCCUGGAAUCAUCAAAGAUUUCCUGUACCAAAGGACUGGUUGUUUUGCAAAAUUUUAUUAUUAUCACCGAUACAAAUAGAUAGAUGGAUCCUGUCUCAGUUCGACUAACUCUAUCUAAUUUAGCAUUUGGAAAUGUCUGGCAGCUGCUGCUUGUGAUUAUCAAAAGGUUUUUGAGCCUUCACAGCUGACAUAGCUUUUAUUGAGAUCAUAUGAACAUGGAGAAUAAAAAAAUAGUUAAAGAGGACAUGGUGGAUGCAGUUGUCACUGUAUUCUUGGAAAAAUUGCUCAAUGCUUUUUCAGAGGGGAGCCAAAUUUUGAACGAAUUUAAGGAUGAGUUUGAGAAGUUAAGAAGUGAGCUCCAACUCAUGCAAAGCUUUUUCAAAGAUGCUGACCGACUCAAGAGGAAAAAUCAUACACUCCGAGAGAUCAUGGUUGGUCUGCGAGAGCUAAUUUAUGAAGCAGAGGACAUACUAGCUGACUGCCAGCUUCACUCCAAGGAUGAUGACAGAUUUCCUAGUGGGUUUUCAAUGUGCUUCUAUCCUGUAAAGCUUUCAUUUCAAUAUCAAACAGGAAAGCGCCUCAAAGAAAUCAACGCAAGAAUCACUAACAUUAAGAACAACAUAUCCUCAUAUCUUGGGGUGCCACUUCUGGCACAACCGCAGACAGCUAAUGCACUCGAUCAGGAAUUGCUUCGAUGGAGCUCUCCCAUAUAUGACCAUACUCAAGUGGUUGGACUGGAGUCCGACACAAAGAAGAUUAAAGAUUGGCUAUUUGAAGCAAAUCAUGGCAUAUUGGCCAUAGGAAUUGUUGGGAUGGGUGGAGUUGGAAAGACCACCAUUGCUCAGAAGGUUUUUAAUGACAGGGAGGUGGAGGAGCGCUUUGAGAGGAGAAUGUGGGUAUCUGUUUCCCAAACAUUUACUGAGGAAUAUAUUAUGAGGAGCAUGCUGAGAAACCUGGGAGAUGCUAGUGUGGGAGAUGAUCGAAGUGAGCUGCUGAGGAAAAUAAACCAGUACCUGUUAGGGAAGAGGUAUUUGAUUGUGAUGGAUGAUGUGUGGAGCCUAGACAAUACUUGGUGGCUUCGAAUCUAUGAAGGAUUGCCUAAAGGAAACGGAAGCAGCAUUAUCAUCACUACAAGAAUUGAGGAAGUUGCUCAAAGGAUGGGAGUGAAGAGCGCAAGAACCCACUUGCCCAAAUUCCUUAGCAAGGAUGAUAGUUGGCUUCUAUUUCGUAAAAUAGCAUUUGCUGCGAGUGGAGGGGAGUGUUAUUACCCCGAACUGGUGAGUAUUGGCGGUGAUAUUGUUGAAAAGUGUAAAGGCCUUCCAUUAGCAAUCAAGGCUGUUGGUGGAAUAAUGCUUUGUAAACCGCCUAACUAUCAUGAGUGGAAGCGAAUAGCAAAACAUUUUCGUGACGAAUUGGUAGAAAAUGAUAAUUCUGUGAUGGCUUCGCUGCAAUUGAGCUACGAUGAGCUUCCUUCAUACCUGAAGUCCUGCUUCCUCUGUGUAUCGCUUUAUCCAGAAGAUUGUGUAAUAACUAAAGAGCAGUUGGUUUACUGGUGGAUUGGAGAGGGUUUUGUGCCACUCAGAAAUGGAAAGCUAUCAAUUGAAGCUGGGGAAGAUUGUUUCUAUGGUUUAACAAAUCGAUGUUUGAUGGAAGUCGUUGAUAAGAGCUAUAAUGGAACAAUUCCCACCUGUAAAAUUCAUGACAUGGUUCGUGAUUUAGCUAUCAAGAUGGCAGAAGAUGACAUGUUUUCUGGGCCUGAUCGUCAAUGCUGCCGUCGCUUGGCUAUCAAGAGCGAUGUUGAUCAGAAGCAAUGGACACCUAAUCAACAUUUACGGGCAAUGUUAUCUACAACCAAGAGCGGGGAAGUGAACAUGAUUGCUUCAAGCACAGUUAAGAGGUUAUAUACCUACCGAUACUUGCGUGUACUGGAUCUUUCCAAAUCUAUCUUCGAAACACCACUUGCAUGCCUACUGGAUCAGAUUGGAUCCCUCAAACACUUGGCCUGUGUCAGCUUAAGCAAUACCCAUCCAUUAAUUCAAUUCCCACCCUCAUUAAAGAAUGUUUCUUGCCUGCAGAUCUUGGAUGUAAGUCAUUGCCAAAACCUAAAAAUGCUUCCUCCAUAUAUUACAAUGUUUCAGAAACUCAUAGUUUUGGAUGUGAGCCAUUGUGGUUCACUUGAAUACCUGCCCAAAGGCCUGGGAAGGCUUUCCAGCCUUCAGGCAUUGCUGGGAUUUAGGCCUGCUAGAUCCAAUGAACCUAAAGGGUCUAGUCUUUCUGAGCUAAGAAGCUUAACUCGACUUAGAACGCUUGGAUUACAACUAAUGCAGGCUGAUGAGAUUGCAGACAAUGAGGUUGAUGCUUUAUUAUUUCUCCAAGAAUUGCAGUUUCUUGCAAUAAGUUGCUUUGAUAGUCAUGGCAAUGACCUUGUGGAUAAACUUGAGAAACUCUCGCCCCCUCCGCAACUCCACGAGUUGUGUCUCAAGUUUUAUCCUGGAACAAGAAGUCCAAGAUGGCUGAACCCCUUUUCGCUUCCUAUGCUGCGCCAUCUCGCUAUGUCUUCGGGCAAUAUUGCAAAGAUGCAUGAGAGCUUUUGGGGUCAUGAAAAUAGUGUGUGGAAAAUUGAGGGGUUGAUGCUGGAAUCUCUUUCAGACUUGGGCGAGGAAUGGUCAUCAGUGUGUCGAGUGAUGCCGUGCUUGAGAAUUGUGAAUGCUAGUUGGUGCCCACAUUUGGGCUCAUUUCCCAUUGAAGAUGUUGCAUUUAAAGGGGGUGUCUGGAAGAAGGAAGAGCAGAGGAGCUAGCUAGAACUGUAAGUUCAAAUUAUACUUCAGACACCACAUGAGCACUUUCUAUCUGAGAGUUUGAAACUUGCAUAUUAAAUUUAGAUUUUUGUAAAAUUAGAUAAAAUAUAAUAUAAAAUUAUAUUUAAAUUCAUUCAAAUUUAUAUAAACUGAAGUGUAUAAAUCUUACUCUCGCCCAACUUUUUAAAAAAAUUUAUUAUGCAUGGGGUUUGAUUUCAAA